AAACAACAGCGCCAAGGGCAAAUGCCGAGACCAGAGUCCAGUAGACAAAGCGCGGCAGCUAGUCACAACUCUGUCCAACCUAGAGAAGGAAACAGCUGAUAGUAUUUGGAUAGAGGUAGACCUGGGGCCAGCUCCACUAGAUCAAUAUCUGAAGUACCCAGAAAAGGCCGGAAGUCCUUAUCCAAAGCUUGGUCACCACUCCAGGCAGAAGAAGAAGCUGUUGGAGAAUGUUGACAACUUUCAGGAAGCCAAGAAUGUCCUGCGACAUCUUGAGGAAACACGACUGACCCUGGAGAACAACAUUGACCAGGUUGUCCGGUCACGAAGAGAUGUUCACUUGUUUUCUACGCUGCUUGGGAGUGAGUCUAACAGGGUGAAUGAUGAUCAGUUACGAAUUGAGAAACUGGUGAAUAAGAAGAUUUCUGCUCUGGAAGGAGAUGUACAGAGAGGAGUGCUCCGAGGACUUGCUCUAGCAGAAGCUGAAAAACUGGCAGCUCAACAAGAGCUAGAAUUAGCAACCAAGCGAAAGCUGGAGCAAGGCAAAAGUGCUCUUCUGAAAGGUCAGGCAGACAGAAGUGCCAGGUUGUCAUACAGUAAGCCAAAUUCAUUGACCACAACAAAUGUGAAUAAUAAAGGCAAAGAAAACCGAGGAAGUAAAGUGAGGCUGCCAUUAAAGCCGGCAGCCAUCAAGGAUGAAGCAACUCGGGUAAGAACUUACGGUAAACCUGAAUACCUGCGUGGCAGGACAACAAUCAGAGAUCCUUAUCUCCACUUCAAAAAUGCCAAGAAAGGAGUUGCAGCAAAGUCUUCUCUCACCAACUUAAAUGAGUCUGCAAGAAGUAGAGAAGGCAGAUCAAGAUCACCCCCAAGACAUGGCCAGGAGCCAGUUAUUGACCCUAUGCCGAGGCAGUUUUACUUUAGUCCCACACGCGGAUACAUUCCACUUGGUGGUGGAGAUACAGCUCCAAUUCAAGGUCAACUGGUUUCCAUGGCAGUACCAUUAGGAGCACCACGAAUAGAGCCUGGACUGAGGAGGUCAGCUGCUCCUGUGACUAGAAGCAGCUCUGGUCCGGUCAGUUCCACCCCUGUCCCAGUGACAGCUGCCAGAAAUGUGGCCAUGGUCUCUUUCCCUGGGGACAAGAAUGAGCAAGGACAUGCUGAAAGGCAACCAGAGCUAACUAAACAGGUACUGCCACCUGUAGACAUUGACUCCAUAUCCCCGUCAUCAUCGCAGAGGUCCGACAUUCAUUUCAGAAGCCCACAACAAGAUCAUGCAAAUCUCACAUUCCUGUUUGAUUCCAGAAAUGAAGCUGAUGAAUCAAAGUUACCUCACACAGAAGAGAAUUCUGAAUUAGAGCAGUCAGGAGAGGGAAUUAGGCUACCAGGAUACGAACCUAAAACUGCUCCAUACUCAGGGCCGAGUUUCCCGCCACAAAUCAGAAAUCCCGGUUGGGCAGACGGGGCUGGAGAAGUUGUAGCAGCACAACAGAUGUCAGAUGUCAUGGCAGAAGACUUACGAAGAAGAGAUAUGCUGGAGAACAAUGCUGUCAUUUGGCUUGAACAAGAGCUGAUGGCUCGUGUGCUGUCGCAGAUGCCUCAGCAAGUGACAGAGAGACCUGCAGAUGCUAGUCAAGCAGAAUCAGAAGCCAGCGAUAAGGAUGAGUCCCUGCUAGUGACUGACAUGGUUGGCCAGAGUGGCAUGCAGCUGUUUAUUGAUGCCGGCCAACCAGUCGACAAUGCCCUUAUACAGGAUCUUAUCAAGGUUGUCAUCAGGGAAAAAAUCCUGGCUAUGAUGGCUCAGAGAGAAACAGAAGGUGAAGGCCAGGUCAGAGUCAGGAAUGAAGUGGAAGAGGCCUUAGAGGAGAAGGAGGCAGAGGAGAUUGCCACUGGCUCCCAUAGAGUCCCCACUCCUCAACCAACUCCAAAAUCCUCCCCCAUCCCUUCCCCCAAACAGACAAGACAGCAGCCACCACAACCAGCUACUCCACCACAGUCUCCACCACUCGAUGGCUACAGAUUUAAACCUGUAGAACCUGAACCUCCGAAGUCACCUGAACCUCUAAGACAACCACAAGCUACUGCUGAACCCUUGGGGAUUCUCACAAUUGUUGAGUCUGAGUCAGAGUCCUCGCUGUCCCUGGACAUUUCUGAAGAGCUCCGAAGGAUUGCAGCCAAAGGCAAGCCAAUGACAGUAGAGGAGAUGGGCACUGUCUGUCAUGAUGUAGCCACACCCCCACUGUCUCCACCAGCUGAGGAAGAGAAGUGGGAGGUCUUCCCAGAGAGACAGGUCACGCCGCCAGCAACCCCUCCUAUAACUAAAACCCCACCUAGAAUAAGAACACCAUCGCCCAUGAGAAAGGAGCCUUUCAUUGAGAGCGAAGAGGAGGAGGUUCUGGAUGAAGACAUAAUAGAGCAGCCACAGCCAAUUAAAAUAUCGGUGGGUGUCGGAGAUGAUAGGCCACUGACCACAGAGACACAAACUCAGCACACGUCGUCUUCUCCCAAACGCCCACUAACUGCAGCCUCUGAAGAGUCUGAGACAGCUUCACUAUCAACAGAGUCCACUGCUACAGAGACAGUGAAUGAGUGGAUUUCCGAGGGACAGUGGUUAUUGAGUUACAGUGAGGGCCAGGUGGUUGGAGCAGUCAACUACGAAGCUAUACGCAAGGAGAUUGCUGGGAGAGGCUACGAGCACAUUGUAGAUGUCAGCACUGCAAGUACAUUGAGAGAUACAGAAGAUCUAGACUUGGAUAUUGAAGGAACACGAAGCGAAGGGGAGUUUCUCCAUGGUGGGUUCCUGGAUCCGGACAAGGACCCACGACUGGAAGUAUUGGCACAGCUACAGAAGAGAACCAUACAUGUCCAACAGUUUCAUCCUGGACCAGCCCCGAGAGUUAUGUCCAGCACUGGCAGAAGUGUUGGAGAAAUGAGCAUCGGACAAGUACCACCCUCUAGGAUUGCAGCCGAGCAAACUAGAAAGUAUGGAGAACACCUGCAGCGAGGGAGAGGAGGUCGUGCCAGAAGUCCUUCAUCAACCUUGGAGAAAAAUCUAGAGGAAAAUUAUGCAUAUAAGAAGGACACACAGGAUAGAAGGCAGGAACUUGAACAGCAUCACAUUAGAACGCAGUCACCACAAGAAGACACCUACAGUAGGACAGCAUCACCCCAACAGAGACCGCGCAGUCGAACACCUUCGCCACAGCAGCAGAAGAGAAGUAGAACUCCACCCCAGCAAGACAGGCGCACCCAAGUCCAGUAUCAGCCUGUCCUAUCAGAAGGAAGACCAUUGUCAGCAAGAGGGAGAACUCUGCCUGGUAAACAGGACAGACGUAGAAACAGUGAUGUCAGACUGUCACAGACUAGCGACCCAGGUGUGAGAAGAUCUGACUCUACUUAUAACAGCGAGUCGUUGAGCAGAUCUGCUGAUGGAGACAGUUUCAGGCGAUCAGCUAAUGGCUUCCUGGCGUCCAGCUUGAAGUCAAGAAACUCUGCAGUCAAGAAGUCGGUGGAGUUUGACCUGAGCGGGACACAGCAGUCCAGCAAACGGGGAUCCAGGGACUUGUCUGAAGACAUGGGACCUAGCAACUCAGCUGUCUUGACGUACACUCAGGAUUCCUUGGAUGAAGCCGAGCUGCACAGGAUUGGUGCGGAAACUGGAACCAGUUCAUACGCUGGCACAUACAGGAUGUCUGUGACAAUACCCUCAGGUGCUGAAGGAGAGGACAGUGAGAUAUCUGAGAUAGACCUCUCCAGCAAAAGUGACAAGUAG